UUGUAUCUCUGCCGUUAUUCGGACGUUAUCGUGGGGGCUCUUUGUCGCUGCUCGGUCUCUGAAGUCCUAUGAAGGAGUUUGUCAGCGUGUGGGUCCGGGAUCCUCGCAUUCAGAAGGAGGAUUUCUGGCACGCUUACAUGGAUUAUGAGAUCUGCAUACACACGAACAGCCUGGCCUUUAAUAAGAAGAGCUCUUGUGUGCGGCGGAGGUUCAGCGAGUUUGUGUGGUUGAGACAGAUGCUGCAGAAAAAUGCUUUACUCAUAGUCGAUCUACCGGCGCUUCCACCGAAGAACCCCUUUUUCAGCCUCAACAACGCCAGGCAGAUUAGCGCCCGCAUGGAAGGACUGAGGCACUUUCUGGAAGAGGUGGUUUCUAACCCAGUGCUGUUAUCAGACAGUUGUCUGCACCUCUUUCUGCAGUCUCAGCUCAGCGUGAGGAAGAUCAAGACCUGUGCUGAAGGUCGGAGUCAGUACACGGUGGUUCAGGCCAUUCAGGACUACAGCACCCUGCGCUUCAGCUCUCAGGAGAGCUCGCUGGAGGACACGGACUCGGACUGACCACCUUCAGUCGCAUGUUUAUUGGUUCAUGGCUUUUAAUAUCAUAAGAAACUCAAUCAAAGUACAGGGUAUUUGCAGAAGAUGAUUGCUCCUUCUUGUUUUUCCCCUUCAAAUAAAGUACAGUGGCAUGAAAAUGUAUGUGAACGGGGUGAAAUUAACUGGAUUUCUGCAUUAAUUACCUUAUUAAUACUGUCUUUGACUAAAGGAUAUCAGUGCUUUAAAUUCUACCUAUGGACGUCUUGCAGACAUUUCUAGAACUAGCAACACUACAAAAUCUCACCCCAAAUGUGAAGUAUCAUGGAUAAUAAUAAUAACAA